CUCGGAAGUCGGAAAAUGGAAGGCGGCCGAGCAGUUGCGACGCGACUACCAAAUGAAUCGGACGCGAUAGCGCUUCAGCGGAGGUCAAGAACUGAGAUGUUUGCCCAAGAACUGUAUAUACCAAGUGCUUGAAAGCCGUUAAAAAGUGGUUCGUUUCAAUAUUCUGUUAAAGUCGGUUCGGGUUGAGGUGCUCGUUGGAUUUUGGUGAUUCGCGUUGCUCCACCGCUAGAAAGCUGCUCGCAAUCCCUGUCGCCAGCCAACGGGAGCUCAAACUGAAAUCUAUUUCCAAACUUUCGCUUAAUCAACGCCGGAUCCAACUCGCAAAGAGCUCGCUCCAACGCUCCCAAAAGCGGAUUUCGAGUGCCACGCUGGGCCGCGCCAUCUGGCAUGCCGAUUUCAAAGGGAAUCGCAGAUUGACGGCCACAUCGCGGAUUGAGGUGCCUGCAAACUGGCUGCGAGGGCGCCAUUAGCCGGUGUUUUGAUUUCGCUUUCCUGGCCCGCAACGCGGAAUUAAUUUGCGCAACUUGGGAGCCGCUCAAAGUUGCGGCAACUAUUUGGUUCGGUGUUUGUGGCAUGUGCUGCUCAUAACUUGUAUCAAUUGUUUAAGCGGUGGAAACUAAUCGAGCAGAGCAAAUUUAAUUAAAAAGUCAGCAUGGCGAUGGAAUGGAUAACUGCAAUGGACAAACGUCCCUGCGACCGAAACCUGCGUGAUGUGGAGCUCAUUUCGUGCCGCUUGCGUCGCGUGGAGCCGCUGUGUCGCCUGCCGGGAUCUGCGCUCCAGCAGCUGGCCAUGUGCGGAUUCUAUGAGGACCUGGAGAAGGGAGUGACUCUUUUUCGCGCCGGAGAGCAGGGACGCUUCUGGUAUGCAGUGCUCGGCGGAUCGCUGGAGGUGCGGUACCAUGCCCAUGCCGAUGCCGAUGGCAAGAGCGCAGUUACCCUGUGCAACCUGGGCGUGGGCGCCACAUUUGGGGAGUCCGUACUGCACGACUUGCCGCGGGACAGCACCGUAGUGACGAAGACCACCUGCGAGCUGCUGCGGGUGGAGCAGCAGGACUUUCGACUCAUCUGGGAGAAAAACAAGGAGUUAAUGAAUGACAUAUUCACCAACUGCAAGUUGAAGAACGGCUUUGGACCCAGUGUACAAGCUACAGCCGCAGCCACAUCGCCCACAAAGCGACCCCUCAGCCCCGACCACCCAAACCCAGCGCUGCCCAUCACCGAGACGCCGAGUCCUGCUAUGAACCGCAUGGGCUGGGCCCUACGCACACUACUCGUCGCCGACAACUCGAGCUGUCUGAAGGAUCGCAAGGUCUCCGGCAAGCUAAUCCGCAAGUGCGCCCCCGGCACCGAGCUCGUCGACUGGCUGGUCAACCUCUCGCCCAUCGUCCACACCCGCGCCCAGGCGGCUGGCAUGUGGCAGGCGCUCCUCGAGGAAGGAGUACUCGCACACGUCAACAAGGAGCAGCCCUUCAAGGACAAGUGCUUCCUCUACCGCUUCCGCCUCGACGAGGAGGGCGGCACGGCGGCAGCGGGCGUGCCCCAGGCGGAGGACCUCGGAGCGGCCAACGAGCACAUCCGCGAGGCGCUCAGCGCACUCUUCCAGCGCGGACCGGACGCCACUCUGCGUAUGAUCUUGCGCAAACCCUCGCACGAACGAACAUCGGAGGAGCUGGAGCUGGUCUUCGAGGAACUGGUGCACAUUGCCGCGCUCUCCCACUUGUCCACCAGCAUAAAGCGGGAGCUGUCGUCCAUUUUCGUGUUCGAGGCUCAUGCCCAGGCGGGCACAAUAUUAUUCAAUCAAGGCGACGAAGGACGCUCCUGGUACAUCCUGCUCAAGGGGUCGGUGGACGUUGUGAUACACGGCAAGGGCACUGUUGCCACUCUGAAGACUGGGGAUGAUUUUGGGAAGCUGGCCUUGAUAAACGACGCACCCAGAGCCGCCACCAUCGUACUGAAGGAGAACAACUGCCACUUGCUGCGCGUGGACAAGGAACACUUCAACCGGAUACUGCGCGAUGUGGAGGCCAACACCCUGAGAUUGCAGGAGCACGGCAAGGAUGUUUUAGUGCUCGAGCGCGUGGCAAAGCAACGUGGACAGCAUUCGGCAUUUAAAUAUACGGUGAUGUCGGGCACGCCAGCGAAGAUGCUGGAGCACCUGCUGGAGACGCGACUGGGCCAGUCCGUGGGUGGAAUGGACCCCUUCUUGGACGACUUCCUGCUCACACACAUCGUAUUCAUGCCUGUCGUUCAGCUGGUUGAUGAAUUGGCCAAUUACUUCCAUUGCGAUGCCCAUGAGGAUGCCCAAACACCCGAGGAUCGGGAGUACAUAAUCAACUUCAAGAAGCGCGUGAUCCAGUUCAUGCAAAAGUGGGUCAUGGCCGUCCGCCACGCGGCCUUCGAGGAGCCCAGUGUCUGCGACUUCAUCGAGGACCUCGCCGCCGAGGUGGAGGCCGAUCCCGACCUGAACGAGGAGACCAGCAUAGUGCACAACGUGCUCACCCAGAUGGCGCGCUACCAGGAGGACCGCAACCAGAACGCCGGCCAGAAGUGGAAGCUCCCGCCCAACGGCCAGCCUAUCUGCCUCUUCAGUGGCAAUGCGACGCCUUCGAAGACGGUCAUCCGACCGGAUGACGACAUCAUCUUCCGCGUCUACUGCGCCGACCACACCUACUGCACCCUGCGAUUCCCCAUGCACACCACGGCGGAGCUCAUCAAGGCGUGUGCCGCCGACAAGCUGCAGCUGAACCGGGGUCCCGAGGAUCUCGUCCUCGUCGAGGUGAAGUCGAACGGAGAGCGGUCCGUGUUCAAGGACAACGAUGUCAGCAUACCGACGGGCCUGUCCCUCAACGGGCGUCUGUUCGUAUCCGUCAAGGACCACCUGGAUGCCCUGACCCAGCUGCAGGAGCAGGAGUGCCCCACCGAGGGCGUGGACAUCGACCUUGAGAUACUGAGCACCAAGGAGCUGGCCUACCACAUCACCCUGUUCGAGUGGGACCUCUUCUGGGCCGUCCAUGAAUACGAAUUGCUCUACCACACCUUCGGGCGGCAUCACUUUGGCAAGAUCACCGCCAACUUGGAUGUGUUCCUCCGCCGCUUCAACGAGGUGCAAUACUGGAUUGUCACCGAACUGGUGUCCACUCCCAGUCUGAGCAAGCGCGUCGGUCUGGUCCGGAAGUUCAUCAAGCUGGCCGCGUACUGCAAGGAGUACCAGAACCUGAACGCCUUCUUCGCCGUGGUAAUGGGUCUGUCCAACAUGGCGGUGUCCAGGCUGCAACAGACCUGGGAGAAGAUUCCGUCGAAGUUCAGGAAGAUCUUCCAGGAGUUCGAGGCCCUGAUCGACCCCAGUCGCAACCACAGGGCGUACCGAGUGUUCGUGGGCAAGCUGCAGCCGCCGCUGAUACCCUUCAUGCCGCUCCUGCUGAAGGACAUGACCUUCGCCCACGAGGGCAACAAAACCAGCCUUGACGGCCUGGUGAACUUCGAGAAGAUGCACAUGAUGGCGCAGACGAUGCGCACCAUCCGCUUCUGCCGCUCCAGGAGUCUGGGGCUGGAGCCGCCAUCGCCGAAGAGCGAGGGCGAGGUGAGGUCCUACAUCAGCAGCUUCCGCGUCAUCGACAACCAGCGGGUGCUCACCGCCAUGUCCCAGAAGGUGGAGCCCACCAGGAAGCUCUAAGCCCAUGUGGAGCUCUCAUCCGAUUAGCCUGUAGCGCGUAUUAAGUGUCUAACCCUAGUGUGUGUUAAUCAACCGCAAUUAGCUGCACAGUUAUGAGCUUAGCCGGGUUGUUGUUGCCUUCGGAGAGCCAAUUGGGCCACGGCCACCACAGCCCGGACCAACCUUCAUCCGCAUCCUCAUCCGCAUCCGCAUCCGCAUUAGCCUAAGCUACAGUGUACUACAUCUACGACCCGACUAGGAACUAUCUCAAUCUUCUAAUGAACUGAAACCCAAACGCAUUGCAAUGCAAACGAGAAACUUUUUGCUUUAGUACAAAACGAAAGAUGGAAAACAAAUUGAAAUUCGGCGAUUCCCCGCGGAAGCCGAAACGAAUAAAAACAAAACUUGGACGUGUGUGAUACUAAACAUUUAUAGGAGGCAACAUCAAAACAAACACAACUAUACUGCAUAACUUCCCACAAAGCAUUAAUCUAUAAAUCCCGCGCGAGCUGGUGUAGAAUAGUUUGUAAAAUUGUACAACGUAUCCGAGAGCAUGGAAUCUAUAUUUUUAUAAACCCUAAACUAAAACCAACUAUGAACAGUCUAAUUACUGCUAGUUAUUAGCAUGUAAGCUACGUAGCGGAUAAGUUACUUUAUUUAUAAUUUCAAGUCCUAUUUUCAUUUGGUAGUCCUUUGCCCCUCCUCUUUUACGGCAACUCGCCAAUAAAAUACGAAACCGUUUAUUAAUAUUUA